GGUUACUGCUCGCCAGAAUGGGAUGGCAUUGUUUGUUGGCCUGAGGGGUCUCCUGGAAAGCUGGUGUCCACUGCCUGUCCAGAGUACAUCUACGACUUCAACCAUAAAGGUAAGACUGGCCCUGGGUAGCCUGCAGUUCAACAGUUCUCUUGCACUGAGCUCAUUUUCAAUUUUACGUGAAAUGUAUGCACGCAUGACUGUAAGUCGCUUUGGAUAAAAGCGUCUCCAAAAUGUCAUAUAUUAUAGGUCAUGGUGCUCACAUUAGUAUAAUAGUAUAACAGCCUCUUGUAUCUGCUUUAAUCUGUAAGACAGCAUUGGACAUUGCUUUUGAAUAAAUGUCUAUAGCUACAUCGAUGCAACAAGAUUUGAUAUUUUAAAACUUGAGUACUUCAUCUUACAAGGCUGUUACACUGGAAAUAAUAAGUUGAAAUGUCCAUGAUUUCCGAUGUGAUAACAUUCUACCAAACAUCUAACUUACUAUUCACUUUGUUUCCUAGAAAAUGGCAACAGCAUGUAAAUUUUUUUUAUAAAUGUGCAUGUUUUGCUUUUCACAUUGCUGAUUUAUUCUAGGAAAUUGUCACGUACAGUAUAUCUUAGUAUCCUAGUAUACAACAGCAAUAUGCACUUACAGGUGAAAAGAAACGACAUGUGCAUUGUGUCAUUCUGUUGUAUUCUAUGUGUUGUAUUCUACAGGACUAGCCUAUCGCCGCUGUGACAACAAUGGGACGUGGGCACUGACCACCACCAACAACAAGACAUGGGCCAACUACAGCGAAUGUGCAAAAUUCCUCUCACACUAUAACCAAAAUAAUGAGAAGGUGACAGUCAUGUCCAUCCUAGCAUGCAUUUCUUUUUUUUCAUUAGACAAUGGCAACUUUGUCAGAGACGUGACACAAUAGCAGUGGACAGGGACAAUGGCCAUUGUGUGUCAUUUCUGAUAAAAGUGUGACAUUUCAGUCUAUUUCAAUCUAUUCUAUUGUUUUAGAUGGCAUUAGCAUACGCAAUCAAUGUGGAGGUAUUGGAAUGUGUAUGAUAUUGGACGUGUGAUUUGAUUGGUCAGAAACUAGGCCCUUUUUACUGCUGUAGGCUAUGCCGCUUUUCAUUUCUGUCACACAUCAGAUGGAGCUGUAGGGGGCUUUGUGUGUAAGUAUACUGCAGGGGCUAGCUAGCUAACGCUCUCUGAGAGCUCAAUCAUUCUCUAACCUCACAUGUCUGUAACUUAUUGAGCCUCUACAGUGUUCAUUGUCUGUCUGCCAUCCCCAUUGUUGGACAUGUUUACGUUCUGCUUUUUCUGAUGCCUCUACUCAUUUGCAGGAAACCUAACAAUAACAAAAUAUAAUUAGAAGAUCAACAUAAAAACUCAGUUUACCAUUUAGAUGAAGAGUGUCGCCAAAUGGAACAAAAGACGUGUCCCCUCAGAAAUGUGAGGCAGACAUGCCCAUUCUUUACUAUUGACUUAUUUCCCCCUUGGAGAUUAUGUGAACAAUGCUUGGAAUGAUUAUACUUGUGUUUGGACCAAAUAAUCUUUUGAUAGAUUAAGUGAAGCGUUACCUCCGUUGAACCCCUUCUUACAAUCUGAUAUGAUUCCUGUAUUGAUAUGUUAGGCUUCUUCCUCUGACUUAAAUGGAUUGGAGCUGAAUUGGAUAUCAGAAUAAAGGCUAUAUGACCGGCACAUCUCUCCAAAAAUGAGUGCUGUAGCCAGUAUUUCAAGGAAAAGAUUCAACAUGUGGAAAAAUUGAUGUUUUAAACACUUUAAAGUAACUUUAAUCAUAGAAAGAUUGCUGAUACUGUUACGUCUUUACUUUGCUUUAUUCCUUUGUCAUCACAGAGGUAAUUCCAAUUCCAUUCAUUCAAUUAUAUUUCCUCGGCCCUCAACCGUCAUUUGAGGUGCUCAUUGAUCAAAUGGAUGACCUGUUACACUCAGUUCUGGGCCAAUGGACAGCAAGGUUGGGCUCAAUUUGAAUUGAAGGCAGUAAAGUCAGGAAGCAAAUAAAAAUUAUAAUUCAAUAAUCGAAAAAAAUUGCAUUUAUUUUCAAUGACUUCUCAAUAAACUGAAAAGUAGAAGCUAUUUCAAAAGUUUAGACAUAUCUGAAUUUUAAAUUCAAAUCACUUCCUGAAUUGACUGCCUUCAAUUCGAAUUGAGCCCAACCCUGGUGGUCAGCAGGUUGGCAUGGGUUACAGGUUGUCUGCUCCGUCACUGGGCCAUGAUAAGGAGGCAGUAAGUAAUCAGCCCCUUAAUGACGAGUUGAGGGCACUAAGCAGGAAAUCUGUGAACCGCUAUUUCCCACUCUUUACCUGAGCAAGGUUAUUUAGCGGUUAGCUCCAGCCAAGGUUCAGAAGAGGUCAUCCUGAGUACUGAAGGUUGGAUGGUGAUGGGAUCUGCUCAGCUGACAAGAACAGGGCCAUAGAGCACAGGGAAAGUGGACCAACUGAUUGGACAAACACUGCAUUCAGAUGAACGAACAGCAAAGAUUCUGCCUGCGAUUUCUACUGACCAUAAUUUUUUAGUCCCAAUGGGAUCUGUUUUCUCCUCAGUGCUGCUCAAUGCUGUGUUUUAGCCUGUUAACCCCAGCAUUCAGUCUGGUUUAACCAAGCGAUCUGCUUUUGGGCUUACUUCCAUAAUAACGUGCAUCAAAGACCGCUUACUGCACCCCAAAAUAUCUGGCUUCAUAUGAAUAUUAAGCCAAACUUUUCUGGUCUCUCCCCACAAGUGCAUUCUUCUCUCCUCCUUUUAAAUGUAGGUUUCAACAUUACGGUUGUGGGCGGAGGAGGUCAUGGGGAUCCCUCCAUCCACAUUUUGAGUAGAGGGCCCCUGAUUUAUUUCUUCUUCUUAGACUUCAAAUGUUUAUGUUGAUGGUCUCCCGGUCCCAGGACUCAUAGAAGCAGCAGCUAUAGUUAAUGAAAAAUGCAUACGCACCAAAUUAAACCCUUCAGCCGCGCACCACAACUUAGGAACCCUUGGGUUUGGCACUGGGUCCCCAUCCCUAAAUGAUAGCAGCAGUGGAGUAGGCUCUGGUUACAGCAGGCCCCAGAGGAGCCCCUCCGUUAGGCUGUGUUGAUCCAGCAACCACGGGUAGCUAGCUAGAGGCCAGACCUGGAUUCAAAUAGUAUUUCAAAUACUUUGAGAGUUUGAUUGAGUCCUGCCUGAAGUGCCAGGUGAACAGGAUUUAUUUUAGCCAGACAAGCUCAAUCAAGUGCAGCUAAAGUAUUUGAAAUAAAACAAAUCCUAUUUGAACCCAGGUGUUCUAGCGUCUCACCUCUCCAGCGAUAUGUCCUCUGGUUGCCUGCUCUGUGCUGUAAUCUCCUGCUGGAAGCCCCAGCAUGCACCACACUUCACUCAGGGCUUUUGUCAGUGCGGCACAUCUCUCAAGCCAAAUAUUCUGUUUAUUAGAAACCUCCAUCUCAGUCUGUUGCCUGUUGCCUCAGGGCAGCCUAUUGCCUGGUGGGUCUCAGUCCUCUGGUGGGCAGCUCAUUGUCAGAAGUAACGCACCACAUUAUAUUCAGAAACUAAUCAGAGGCCUGGAUUGGUCGCACGCCAUGAAAUGACCUUUGACCUUGGAAUGGCCGCACACCAUCACAGCACCUUCUUUGAGCUUUGAGAUUCAUGAUGUUUUGUUUUUGGUCCGCAGUAGUUUUUUGUGUUGCAAUGUGUAGCCUGCAACUGUGAGUCAUUUUUGUCAGGAGUAACAUUAUCCUCAGUGCCUCUGUAAAUGUUAAACAGUGAUGCACAGAGACACUAUGAUAGCUUUCAGCAGAUUUAUGGGGACAAUAUUGUGUAAUUGGAAUGUCCUGAGUCAAUUACUUAUAUAUUGUAAAACAAUCAAUGUAGCACACCAGGCACAUACUAAUCAUGGACUUAUCAAACAUCUAUCACUUCCUCAACCAGGCUACUGUAAGUACGCUGACACCUCUGAGUAGACAGUUCACUCCUGACCUGCCACCUGAUAUGACUAACAAUAUCUCUCCUUCAUAUGUUCUUGUCUCUCUUGUCCCAGCAGGAGGUGUUUGACAGAGGGCUACUCCGUCUCUCUAACAUUUGUCCUUCAUAUGACCUUGUCUGUCUCAACAGGAAGUAUUUGACCGUCUGUACCUCAUCUACACAGUGGGCUACUCCAUCUCUCUGGGAUCACUUAUGGUGGCUGUGAUCAUCCUGGGAUAUUUCCGGUGAGUAGUACUUGUUGUCGUUGGGAAAAUUCCUUCCUCAGUCAAUAUUUUAUCUCCCACUAAAUCUCCCAUCAAAUGUUUUGUGUGGUAAAACAAAGAGACAAAGCAUGCAAAAUGUGUUUAUAUCAUGUUUUACAUUUGCCUUUUCCAUGAGCGUUUGACUUUUAAAAGGAUUAGAGGUGGCUGCCUUUGAGGUUGUUGCCUUGUAGCCAGUGUGUGAUUGUGAUACGUGCCUCGUCUUGCUGGCAUUUACAGUAUAUUCUUUGUUAUUUUCAUACUUAUUAAUCUCAGACCUCAGAGAUCCAUAGGAAAGCCGUGGUUAGUGUGUAUUGUUAUUAUGUUUACUUGGUGGUAUGUUUACAUGAAGACAUCAGUAAUAUAUUGGUGUGCAGUUUCAGCCUAAUUAAUUAAAAUUCUGUCAUGUCCGGGCAGAAACCUUUAAGGCAGGCUGAAAGAGAAAUAGAUUGGCAAAUUAAUUCUGACAGUCAAUUUGAUAUGUAGUGAAUUUGGUUGGGUUUUCUAGGGACAGAUCCUUAGUUCUUAUUAUUGCCUUAGCCAAAAAACGAAUUACUCAAAUUCAGCAGCUUGAACACUAAUCCUUGCACACAAGAUCAAAUUUGUUUGACAUUUUACAUUGAAUCAUUUCAUUUUUCUUUUGGAUGAUUAAUGCAAGGAAACCUCCCCAUUAUUUGCUCAUUUUUGUUUAGCGGAGGGAGAGUGUCAAGUCCAGGAAUUGGUGUAAAGUUGUGUUUACAAACAUUCCACUCAACGUGACUUAGAGCCUAACCCAGGCUUCUCAGAAGGGAGUAAAUGUUUUAAGAGAGAGAGACCCUAAACUGGCACCAGGAAAUCUACAGGCCAAAUUAGUUUAAUCACACGUCUCAGGGGUCCCCGAGGGUCUGGGCUGACGUCCCAGCAGCGCGUUCAGGAGCACUCCAGCUACGUCUCCCUCUUCCCUUUAACAUGUCAGGCUUUUAAAACCCUCAGACACAAGAGAGGCAGGUUCAUAAAUGUUUUCUGGAGAGAGACCGAGGGAUACAUACUGCACAUUAGCAGUGGUGUUUUCUCUCUUCCACAUGAUGCACUGGGGAACUGUUCACAAAUUAGUUUCCCUCACAACUUCACAAAUCAAAAUACCCCAAAUGAGAGCUUGUCCAAUAGCUUAAUAGCCAGUUUAGAGGCGGCAGGUAGCUUAGUGGUUAAGAGAGUUGGGCCAGUAACCAAAAGGUCGCUGAUUGGAAUCCCCAAGCCAACUAGGUGAAAAAUCUGUCGAUGUACCCUUGAACAAGGCACUUAACCCUAAUUGCUCCUUUAAGUCGGUUUGGAUAAGAGCGUCUGCUAAAUGACUAAAAUUUUGUAAUGGGUUUGACUGCAGAGGUUAGACACAAGCAAAUAAUGAGGGAAUAAUGAUUCAUUAGUUUUCUGCGGUUACUUGUUAUAUAUACACUCACUGCUUGCCAGAGUAAUACACUGUAGGCCUAAACUUAUAUAGGGCUGGGAAUUGCCAGGGACCUCACAAUACGAUAUUAUCACGAUACUUAGGUGCCGAUACAAUAUAUAUUGUUAUUCUCACGACUCUCACAAUUCUAUGUGUAUUGCGAUUCAAUACUGCAAUUUUAUUGCGAUUUGAUGUUCCAAACAUAUUGCUCACUAUAUGUCUGCUGCAGAGAGACAAGAGAGAACAUGAGGAAAUUAGUUCUGAUCGGUCAUGGAAAUAUGAAAACAUGAUGGCUGGAUGGAGAACAAGCUAUUGGAUGAAAAAUACCGGAGUUUUGGUGCAGGUAUAGCCAACUAGCGCUAGCUAACGCUACCUAGCAAUCAAUACUUGGAGUCAAAGUAUCGAUAAAAUAUUGUCCAAAAUAAUAUUGCGAUAUGUAACUGUAUAGAUUUGUUCCCCCAUCACUACACUGAUAAGGGUUUUUAGAAUAUUCUUAGCCAAAUUGGCUCAUGAUCAAUAAUAAUGUUAUAUUUAUACAGUGAGGGAAAAAAGUAUUUGAUCCCCUGCUGAUUUUGUGAGUUUGUCCACUGACAAAGACAUGAUAAGUCUAUAAUUUUAAUGGUAGGUUUAUUUGAACAGUGAGAGACAGAAUAACAACAACAAAAUCCAGAAAAAUGCAUGUCAAAAAUGUUAUAAAUUGAUUUGCAUUUUAAUGAGGGAAAUAAGUAUGUGACCCCUUUGCAAAACAUGACUUAGUACUUGGUGGCAAAACCCUUGUUGGCAAUCACAGAGGUCAGACGUUUCUUGUAGUUGGCCACCAGGUUUGCACACAUCUCAGGAGGGAUUUUGUCCCACUCCUCUUUGCAACUCGAACCUUCAGCUCCCUCCACAGAUAUUCUAUGGGAUUAAUGUCUGGAGACUGGUUAGGCCACUCCUGGACCUUAAUGUCCUUCUUCUUGAGCCACUCCUUUGUUGCCUUGGUCGUGUGUUUUGGGUCAUUGUCAUGCUGGAAUACCCAUCCAUGACCCAUUUUCAAUGCCCUGGCUGAGGGAAGGAGGUUCUCACCCAAGAUUUGACGGUACAUGGCCCCGUCCAUCGUCCCUUUGAUGCGGUGAAGUUGUCCUGUCCCCUUAGCAGAAAAACACCCCCAAAGCAUAAUGCUCCCACCUCCAUGUUUGACGGUGGGGAUGGUGUUCUUGGGGUCAUAGGCAGCAUUCCUCGUCCUCCAAACACGGCGAGUUGAGUUGAUGGCAAAGAGCUCGAUUUUGGUCUCAUCUGACCACAACACUUUACCCAGUUCUCCUCUGAAUCAUUCAGAUGUUCAUUGGCAAACUUCAGAUGGGCCUGUAUAUGUGCUUUCUUGAGCAGGGGGACCUUGUGGGCGCUGCAGGAUUUCAGUCCUUCACGGCGUAGUGUGUUACCAAUUGUUUUCUUGGUGACUAUGGUCCCAGCUGCCUUGAGAUCAUUGACAAGAUCCUCCCGUGUAGUUCUGGGCUGAUUCCUCACCGUUCUCAUGAUCAUUGCAACUCCACGAGGUGAUAUCUUGCAUGGAGCCCCAGGCCGAGGGAGAUUGACAGUUCUUUUGUGUUUCUUCCAUUUGCGAAUAAUCGCACCAACUGUUGUCACCUUCUCACCAAGCUGCUUGGCGAUGGUCUUGUAGCCCAUUCCAGCCUUGUGUAGGUCUACAAUCUUGUCCCUGACAUCCUUGGAGAGCUUUUUGGUCUUGGCCAUGGUGGAGAGUUUGGAAUCUGAAAGAUUUCUGGCUCCCAGGUGUCUUUUAUACAGGUAACAAACUGAGAUUAGGAAUACUCCCUUUAAGAGUGUGCUCCUAAUCUCAGCUCAUUACCUGUAUAAAAGACACCUGGGAGCCAGAAAUCUUUCUUAUUGAGAGGGGGUCAAAUACUUAUUUCCCUCAUUAAAAUGCAAAUCAAUUUAUAACAUUUUUGACAUUCGUUUUUCUGGAUUUUUUUGUUGUUAUUCUGUCUCUCACUGUUCAAAUAAACCUACCAUUAAAAUUAUAGACUGACCAUGUCUUUGUCAGUGGGCAAACGUACAAAAUCAGCAGGGGAUCAAAUACUUUUUUCCCUCACUGUAUUUAUAUUGGGUGUGUCAGAAAUGCUUGGAUUUACAUGAAAGCAAAUGUCAGAAUAUAGAUAACCGUUUCUAGUUUGGUAUAUUCUGUCUGUCUAUCGACAACACAACACAAGCCGUCUCCAACUUCAUCAAAUGCUCCCUUCGAUGUUGGCAAGGGAUGUUUUGAGGAUAAUGUGACAGAUAACCUUUUGCUUGUCUGGGAGGAAAUUCACAUGCUCUUGGAUCUGCUCAACACAUGCUUGCAAUUUUGUUUUUACAGCUCACUUUGAGCCCUGCAAUUCAAUAUUUGUGCUUUUCAAGCCCCUAAAUCUCAAGAAUGUGUUAUAGUCAGCGCGGAAUUCAGCUGGCUCUAAUUAGGAUGAGUAUUGUUCUGAAGAGUGUGAAAACACAAACAUACGUGCACACACGUGCAUACACACAUAUACACACACGUACGUGUGCACGCACACCCACACACGCACACACAUCACACACACGUACAUACAAACUUACUCACUGUGGAAAACUCUCCCCCCUCCACACACUUACCACCUUGAUAAUAUUUAAACAUGGGUUCCUAGUGUAUUAACGGCUUAGUAGCAUCAGAUUGUCAGAAGUUUUGCAGAAGGAUUAAUGUAUUUUUCAAUGAUUGUCUUUGGUUUGAGUAAGCCAAUAGUAUGACCUAGUAUUACCACAACACGACUAUUGCUUAUUACUGUGAAGAUUAUAUCAUCUUUUAUAUGAUAUUUAUCUCCUCCUCUCCACUCAUCCAGGCGGUUGCAUUGUACCAGGAACUACAUCCACAUGCACCUGUUUGUGUCCUUCAUGCUGCGAGGCAUCAGCAUCUUCAUAAAGGAUGUGGUGCUAUACUCUGGUUCUGCAAUAGAGGACAUGGAAAGAGUCAGUGUGGAAGAUCUCAAGUCCAUCACUGAGGCUCCUCCAGCUAACAAAACCCAGUUUGUAAGUACCUAACCUUGUCCCCAGACUAUAGGAAGUUUAGUGCAUGAGAAUAGUAAGUAUCAGGCUAAGGUAGUUCAGUUAUUGACCAAGGCACCUGUGUAAUUAUUUACGUAGAACAUGUUUUCAUUAAUACUUGUUGUUUACAAUGUCUAUAACUUUGUUAUUGUGAAAUGUCUGUUCUAAAUUGGUUGGAUCGUUGUAAAAGGCCAUCCUCUAAGGACAUAGUGAUCAAUGUAAUCCAGGGACUAUUGGAAAUGAGUUGCUAAAGUCAUUCCAGCAUUCAGUACAUAUGACUCUUCAUGCUUUUUAUUAUGAUUAUUAUUUUUUCAUUACUGUCUCUCGCAGCAUUUCUAAAUAAGCACAAUCAAUGCUAUUGGUAGACUUGCCACAAAGGAAGUCUGAUUAUAAAACUGGAUAAGAGAGAGGGAGUAGGAGAAAAUUCUAAGUGGAUAAGUCUCUCUUGGCUCGCGUGUAUUAUCCCUAGUUAGAGUGCGCAAGCCUGGCCUCCACAAUCACCCGACCUCAACACAAUUGAGAUGGUUUGGGAUGAGUUGGACCGCAGAGUGAGGAAAAAGCAGCCAACAAGUGCUCAGCAUAUAUAGGAACUCCUUCAAGACUGUUGGAAAAGCAUUUCUCAUGAAGCUGGUUGAGAGAAUGCCAAGAGUGUGCAAAGCUGUCAUCAAGGCAAAGGGUGGCUACUUUGAAGAAUCUCAAAUAUAAAAUAUAUUUUGAUUUGUUUAACACUUUUUUGGUUACUACAUGAUUCCAUAUGUGUUAUUUCAUAGUUUGGAUGUCUUCACUAUUAUUCUACAAUGUAGAAAAUAGUAAAAAUAAAGAAAAACCCUGGAAUGAGUAGGUGUGUCCAAACUUUUGACUGGUACUGUACAUCAAAGUAUCUUGGUUGAGGAUUAGGACCAAUAGCAUCAAUUAAUAAGGCUGAUGGAACAGAUCAGAAUGUUUAGCUUAAAAUGUCGAUAAACUAUUAUUUAUUCAUAUUUUAAGCGCAGCAAUGUGCACACGGCGGAAGGCCUAUGCGUAAAUGUUCCAAAAUGUAAUUUGCGGGAAAACACAGUUCUAAAAUGCGCACCGCACCUCCGAGCAGUUUCAUGGACAGAGAUGGAAAUUUAGAAAGAGGGGAGAUCUAAAGAUGCAACAACUAUUUUGGGUUGCGAAUAUGACUAGGAUAAUAUCUUUGGCUGCUAGACAAUGAAAGAAAGUUGAUUUGAAAACCAGUAGAACAGGAGAUAUAACACGUUUCUAUGGUGGGAUUUUGGCUAUAGGCUACUUUGAAGCAAGGUAAGACAUGCCUCAUAAUAUGAAGUAAAACGUCCAGGUUUCAUACAAUUAAGGAACAGGAGAAAUAUAGUGACGCUAAUGAUAGGCUUAACCAUCUUCUGGUAGAUGGAAAGGCUUUCCCAAAAACCUUCUCAAUUAAAUGUUAACAAAGUAGCCUAUUCCUACCUGGCAGAAUGAUAUCAUGAUUAUUUACAUCAAUCCAUUUGCCAUUUGUUUUGCAAACUCCAUCUCAUGUGCACUACAGAAACACUGCUAACAAAAAAAGAGCUAGGUCCCUGCAAAGUGAAAUUAAAGAGUACAGUGGCUUGCGAAAGUUGACAUUUUUCCUAUUUUGUUGCCUUACAACCUGGAAUUAAAAUGGAUUUUUUGGGGGGGUUAUAUCAUUUGAUUUACACAACAUGCCUACCACUUUGAAGAUGCAAAAUAUGUUUUAUUGUGAAACAAACAAGAAAUAAUACAAAAAAACAGAAAACGUGCAUAACUAGUCACCCCCCCAAUACUUUGUAGAGCCACCUUUUGCAGCAAUUACAGCUGCAAGUAUCUCUAUAAGCUUGGCACAUCUAGCCACUGGGAUUUCUGCCCAUUCUUCAAGGCAAAACUGCUCCAGCUCCUUCAAGUUGGAUGGGUUCUGAUGGUGUACAGCAAUCUUUAAGUCAUACCACAGAUUGUCAAUUGGAUUGAGGUCUGGGCUUUGACUAGGCCAUUCCAAGACAUUUAAAUGUUUCUCCUCAAACCACUCAAGUGUUGCUUUAGCAGUAUGCUUAGGGUCAUUGUCCUGCUGGAAGGUGAUCCUCCGUCCCAGUCUCAAAUUUCUGGAAGACUGAAACAGGUUUCCCUCAAUCAUUUCCCUGUAUUUAGCGCCAUCCAUCAUUCCUUCAAUUCUGACCAGUUUCCCAGUCACUGCCGAUGAAAAACAUCCCCACAGCAUGAUGCUGCCACCACCAUGCUGAUGGUGUUCUCGGGUGAUGAGAGGUGUUGGGUUUGCACCAGACGUAGCGUUUUCCUUGAUGGCCAAAAAGCUCAAUUUUAGUCUCAUCUGACCAGAGUAGCUUCUUCCAUAUGUUUGGGGAGUCUCCCACAUGCCUUUUGGCGAACACCAAACGUGUUUGCUUAUUUUUUUCUUUAAGCAAUGGCUUUUUUCUGGCCACUCUUCCAUAAAGCCCUGCUCUGUGGAGUGUACGGCUUAAAGUGGUCCUAUGGACAGAUACUUCAAUCUCCUCUGUGGAGCUUUGCAGCUCCUUCAGGGUUAUCUUUGGUCUCUUUGUUGCCUCUCUGAUUAAUGCCCUCCUUGCCUGGUCCUUGAGUUUUGGUGGGCGGCCCUCUCUUGGCAGGUUUGUUGUGGUGCCAUAUUCUUUCCAUUUUUUUAUGAUGGAUUGAAAAGUGCUCCGUGGGAUGUUCAAAGUUUCUGAUAUUUUUUUAUAACGCAACCCUGAUCUGUACUUCUCCACAACUUUGUCCCUGACCUGUUUGGAGAGCUCCUUGGUCUUCAUGGUACCGCUUGCUUGGUGGUGCCCCUUGCUUAGUGGUGUUGCAGACUCUGAGGCCUUUCAGAACAAGUGUAUAUAUACUGAGAUCAUGUGACAGAUCAUGUGACACUUAGAUUGCACGCAGGUGGACUUUUUUUAACUAAUUAUGUGACUGCUGAAGGUAAUUGGUUGCACCAGAUCUUAUUUAGGGGCUUCAUAGCAAAGGGGGUGAAUACAUACGCAUGCACCACUUUUCCGUUAUUUAUUUCUUAUAAUUUUUUGAAACAAGUUAUUUUUUUUCAUUUCACCAAUUUGGACUAUUUUGUGUAUGUCCAUUACAUGAAAUCCAAAUAAAAAUUCCAUUUAAAUUACAGGUUGUAAUGCAACAAAAAAGGAAAAACGCCAAGGGGGAUGAAUACUUUUGCAAGGCACUGUAACUACACUCAAAUAUCAACAUUUCUUAGAUUUUUCCCAGACCUCAAAAAUUGUCUCUCGAUGUGGUUUAAGCAUUGUUGUGGACUUAGAACAUCCAAUUUGGUUGUUUUUCUAUUAAAUAAGUGUGACUCAAAAACCUGAAAACAUUUUUUUAAAAGUGAAACCUGUGAAUUUCUGACUCAGUUGACAGACUAAUUUAUCUGUUUCAAUAGUAGGCCUACGAUUAGCCUACUUGCACCGUACAGCUUGGGUUGGCCUGACUGUGAAAGACCAAUAUAGGAUUGAUAAUUUUAGGUCAUUCAGAGUGUAUGUCACUGUUUGUCAUAGAAUUUAGAAUUGUUCACACAGGAAUCUUUUCCUUCACCGGGCAGGCCGUUUGGAAAGAAAGUGUCAAAAUUAGAGUAUACCCACUUCUCCAGGCACCACUACACCACUGAGUAGGACAGACAGAGGCAUAGAGGUUGGCUUCCCUUGGGGCAUACACAGGCUAAACUACCAGGAAUUCCCUGUUGUUUAUAUUUUAUCAACCUCUCCAGGUUUGUGUAACACACAGUAUUCAUUGGAUUAGAAUAAAUCUUUCAUUUUACAAACCAUGCUUGGAACCUAGAGAUUUCAUCCUGGAGAGGCUUGGAUUUUGGUUUACUCACUGCAAAGUGAUUUCACAUUUGUCAAUGUACACACUACCCUUAGAGUUGCUGUAUGUCACAACUAUAUAACAGUGCAAAGCAAGAAUGGAUUAUAAAGAUUCAAAAUGUAUGGCUUCCGGUCACUACAAGAAGAACCAAGGCAUUAUGUGUUGAUUUUGUGAUUAACAGGUGUUAGAAAACAUUAGUCAUACAUCUACAAGUGCUUGUUACCAUGAAAUAGCCUAUUGUAUUUCAGGGUACUUAGUAAAUUCAUUAUAUUAGAUGUAUUUGUCUGUUGUGUUUCCUUUAGAUUGGCUGUAAAUUAGCAGUGACCCUGUUCCUGUAUUUCCUGGCCACCAACUACUACUGGAUCCUAGUAGAGGGUUUGUACCUCCACAGCCUCAUCUUCAUGACCUUCUUCUCAGACAGGAAGUACCUCUGGGGAUUCACUUUGAUUGGAUGGGGUAUGUGAUGUCAUAGAAAACACGUUUUUACUGCAGAUGCACUGCUGAUAAUGAAAUUAAUGAGCUAAAUGAACCCCUUUAAAAAACAAAUAUUAAUCAAUUCAUUUGAAAAGCAUUUCCUAUGUCAUAAUGUUUCGUAUAAUGUUUGUCAGACAGCUGAUUUUUGAUUGAUCAACAAUUAUCAACUUUUCAAUGGUUUCACACAUACGGUGUGAAUACUGUUAUAAGCAGAACUCAAGAAUAGUUCAGAGAACUAGGCUCUACGGCUCCUGCAUUGUACACACUGUGCGUAACUGUUAUGUAAGCACAGCGCAUACAAUGUGGAUGCUGUGUCGCCCAAUUGCCUCACUAUAUUAACAGGGUAAUCUUGACUUGAACCCACUAUAAUAAUUUGAAGAAAAUUACUGUAUUUUGUAUUUAAUCAUUAUUUGUGUGAUUGUAGAUAAUUAUGAUCUGUUCUGCAGGGGUCUCAGCUGUUAAGUUGUUUUGAGAUCUAUCUUGAUGUUCAUUGUUGUUAUUGUUGAUUUGCAGGGGUCCCAGCUAUGUUUGUGACAGUGUGGGCAAGUGUGAGAGCCACCUUGGCAGACACAGAGUAAGUAUUGCGCUAUAAUCCCAAUUUGUCAUCAUUGAUGUUGGCUCUGAACACAAAGUACUGUACAUUUGCCAGAAUCUUUCAUGGGAAUGUGAGACAGAACCUUAGAACGUGUUCAAGAAUCCCCUUAGAUUCAUAGAAUGUUUAAAGGCAGCGUGUAUGUCUUUAAUUUAAUCGAAACCCGCAUUGCAGUAUUUACACAGUAUUACCUAUUUCCCCAUGGUUAUAUAAAAUCACAGAAUGACUUUGAGUACUGUAGAAACGUAAUACUACUAGCCUAUCACGUAGACUCCACUCAAAGGUAGAUUCUGCCAGUUUUCAGAAUAAGAAUUGUGUGUGCGCAGGCAGUAGUUGCAUAAACAUUGCCAUGGCAGGUUGGAUUGAAUUCCAGCCAAGAACUCAGAGCAUAGGACCAGUCUGUAAGGGUUGCCAACUUCCCCAUGUGUUGUUGUUACACUAGGAUAAACAGAAAGAUUAGUUCCUGAAACCAAUUAGUUACACAAUCAUACGUAUCUGUAUUAGUUUUUCAUAAAUGCCCUGUUUAUCAAUUACAGGUGCUGGGACCUAAGUGCAGGCAAUCUGAAAUGGAUCGUACAAGUGCCCAUUCUAACAGCAAUAGUGGUAAGUAAACAUGUCAAUUGAAAAUGUAAAUUGCAUAAUGGCAUUUAACAUUUUCAAUUGACACGUUUAAUUAGCACAAUUACUGACCACUAUUACCACUAUCUGCUUUUUGAGAGAGUUGGUAGUUGAGAUAUUUGGCUUUGGUGUGCUACAUUGUGUCAUUGUCUGUUAUCAAAGGUGAAUUUUAUGCUGUUCCUGAAUAUAAUCCGAGUUCUGGCCACUAAACUUCGAGAGACAAAUGCUGGCAGAUGUGACACAAGACAGCAGUAC